CUCACAGGAAAGAUCAGCCGGAGAGCCGCAUCACCAUGCUCUUUGGAUUCACACUGUUAUGCCUGGUGGGCGCAGUGCUCACAGCAGCGGCUGAGCCCAAGUCGUAUACACUCUUCCAUCGCCUUUACUCGCCCACCUCCCCUUCGGCUUCCUCGAGCUGGUCCACCAGGGGAAGCAUCGAGGUUGGCUUCGAUGGCCCCUUUGCUACCACUGCUGAUCUACAGUCUGUCGAGAAGCUGUCGACUUUCAUUGAGAGUCAUUCAGUCCAGAAGGAUGCAGACUCGCUCUACCAGGUCGCCCUGGUUCAGGGCUCACAAGAAGCGAGCGCAUUGCCCAAGAGCGUCAUUGGUUUUCCAGGACAGGUAGUGGCUGUGAGAGCUUGUCUUCUUGAUGCCCUCAUCCCCGGCUCUUACGCCUUUGAUGUUCUGGGCCUCACACUCUCUUCCAACUCAAGUAAAGCCUUUGUGCACUCCUUCAACUACGACGUUGUUGGCAUCACAAGGGGCGCCGAUGGCUGCCCGAGGCUGCCCAUCCCAAGAAAGGGAGGCAGUGCUGGCAGCAAGGAAGUCGUGACAAAGGUCAGCCUUGGAGCACCGGAAGUGGUCGAGGCGCCCAGGCUCAGGACUCCCCCCAGGCCCAGGGCUGACGGAGCUACAGGUGCGGAGCCACCGCCGAAGGAAAAGAGCUUCCUGGAGAAGUACUGGUACUACAUUCUGCCUGUACUGGUCCUGCUGGCACUUCCUUCCGAUGGAGGUGGUGGAGGAGAAGCUCCUCCCGCUUCUGCUGGAGCUCGGAGAAUUAGAUAGACUGAGGAGAGAUGGGGAAGGUCCACUGUGUAGAGCAUUCGUGACAAAUAG